AUGAAGACUACCAUUGCCGUCGAUGUCCUUGAUGUUUCUCAACACGAACUUCAACGCGCAGUGUCCAGACGAAUGGAGAUUCACAAUGACCCGAUCUUCUACGGGGAUCAGGAACGACGCAGACAAUCCGAACGUCGUGGACGUGUGCAUCGAAUGGCUUCAAAAUGGUUAGCUCGAGCCACGGCUAGUGAUGCACCGAACGUGCUUCGUCGUCGUAGACACUCCACUCCCACGCCCAUCUUGGAAGAAGCAAACACUAUGGUGCAGGCAGCCGAGCGCGAGCAAAGCGACGGACAACCUCGAAAAUCAAGAUUCGGUCGAAGAAAGUCUCUACUCAGUCGUGCUCGCUCGUUGAGAGGCGUGAAGAGUUUGUCAGACUUGAAGACGAUUGGUCGUAGGAAGGAACUCAAGGGUCAGCGUGGCUCUUCAUCCGCAGAGAGACAGACUCGGACAGGAGGAAUAAUUGAAUGUGCGGUGGUCAGAAUGAGGAGUGUCAACAGCGCUACGAGUGCGCCUUUGUGA